ACAAAUUAAACUACAAUCAAAUAGGGAUUAAACAAUUUAAAAAUCAAGGAGAAUAUGUGGCAACAGAAAUCAAGGAAAAUGUGGCUCAAAGAAGGGGAUGCAAACACCAAGUUCUUCCAUAGAAGUGUAAAUGGAAGAAAAAGAAGAAAUGAAAUUUGUAGCAUUCUAAUUGAAGGGAAGCUGCUCACUGGAGUGUCAAAAAUAAAGGAAGGGGUGGCUGAAUAUUUCCAAAAACUAUUCACAGAAGAUGUUUGGCAGCGACCUAAACUUGAUGGAAUGGGCUUUAAGCAGAUAUCUCAAGCUGAUAACAAGUUCCUCAUAGCACCUUUCACUGAAGAGGAAAUUAGAAAAGUCAUUUGGGAGUGUGAUUCUUCUAAAGCCCCAGGCCCAGAUGGCUUCAACUUCAGAUUCAUGAAGUCUAUGUGGGAUGACAUUAAAACGGAGGUGAUUGGAUUCGUAAAGGAAUUCCAGGAGCAGGGCAGAUUAGAAAGAGGGUCUAAUGCCUCCUUCAUUGUGUUGAUCCCAAAAACCAAGAAUCCCCAAAGAAUUGAAGAAUAUAAACCCAUAUCCCUCAUUGGUGUCAUGUACAAGGUGGUUGCAAAAUUACUGGUAAGCCGCCUAUGCAAAGUGAUGCAUAAGAUUAUUGGGGAACAACAUAUGGCAUUUAUCAAUGGCAGACAAUUGGUGGAUGGAGUAGUCAUUGCAAACGAAGUAAUUGAUGAAGCAAAAAGGAAGAGGAAGAAAAGCUUUGUGUUCAAAGUGAAUUUCGAGAAAGCAUACGACAAGGUGUGCUGGAAGUUUAUAGACUAUAUGCUGGACAGAAUGGCCUUUAGUGGCACUUGGAGGAGGUGGAUCCAAGAGUGCUUGCAAUUGAGCAUGGUGUCAAUCCUAAUCAACGGAAGCCUAACUCGGCAAUUUCCAGUCACAAAAGGCAUUCGACAAGGCGACCCCUUAUCCCCCUUUUUAUUCUUGAUAGUGGCAGAGGGUCUAAAUGGAUUAAUGACAGCAGCUGUCAACAAGAAGCUGUAUAAGGGUGUGGAAGUCAGAAAUGAUGCAGUAACAAUUACCCACUUGCAAUUUGCAGAUGACACCAUAUUCUUUGGGGAGGCAUUAGAGCAAAAUAUUAGAACAGUUAAGUGUAUUUUGAGGACAUUUGAAAUGAUGGUGGGGCUGAAAAUAAACUUCGAAAAAUGUCAGCUUAUGGGCAUCGAGGUGGAGGAUGACUGGAGAAACAAAAUGGCUUAUAGACUAGGCUGUAAAGAAGGGGAAUUCCCAAUCAAAUACCUGGGGAUUCCCAUUGGGGGGAACCAUAGAAGGCUUAAAAUUGUUGUCCAACCUCCCCGUGUUCUUGACGUCCGUCUACUUGAUCCCAAAAGAAUUUGCAAAGAUAAGGAACACGGGGAGCUAGGUGUGAAAGAUUUGAAGAAGUUUAAUAUAGCGCUAAUGGGAAAAUGGUGGGGUAGAUUAGCAACAGAAGAAGAAGGGUUAUGGAAAAGGGUCAUUAAAGGAAAAUAUGGAGGGGGAGGGGGGCAUUGGCAAACCUGGGUGAGAAAUGGAAAUGAUGGGGGUUCUUUAUGGUGGAGAGACGUCCAAAGGAUUAACAAUGUUGAUAGGGAAAAUGCUGGGUGGUUAGCGGAGGGGUUUAGAUUAAAGUUGGGGGAAGGUAAAGAGGUGAGCUUCUGGUGGGAUAAGUGGUGUGGGGGGCGCUGUCUUACUAAUAUGUUCCCUAGAUUAUAUUUGUUGUCAACAGAUAAGGAGAAGAAAUGCUACCAAAUGGGGAAGGAGCUUAAUGGAACAUGGGAAUGGAACCUAGAGUGGAGAAGAAGACUGAUUGAAUGGGAAGAAGACUCGGCUUUUGAGCUAUCAAAAAUGAUUGAGGAGGUGAAAAUACAACCAGAAAUCACAGACUAAUGGGAGUGGGUGCACAAAAGGGACGGCAAGUACUCAUCUUCAUCAGUGUAUUCACUGCUGUCAGAUACCCAGCAGAAUCCAAAUGAAAAAUUGUUCAAAAG